AGAUAUUUCAAGUGCAUAAACACAACGUGGGCGUAUGAAUUCCAAAACAUAGCUGCUAAUUAUAAGUUUUAAAUAUUUCCUAGAAAUAUGAUAUAUGCUAAACCGUUGUUUACCAUACUAACCAUGUCAGCUAUUUUUGCACAGGACCUAAAAGUCAAAAACAAAUGUCAAGCAGAUAUUGUUAUAGCAGGUUUAUUUGCAAUGAAGACGCGUAGUUUUGAUUUUAAGCAAAAUAAAAAUCUUACUAAAGUCAUUAAAGAGUAUGAAGCAGUAAAAUUAUCAAAAGAAUGUAACGGCUAUCUUAGUGCUAAAGGCUUACAAGAAGCCUGGGCAAUGCUGUUUGCUGUUGAUCAAAUUAACAAUAACAUGCACAGAAACGUCAACUUAGGCGUUCAUAUUGAGGAUACAUGCGACUCUGUAGAGAUUGCGAUUCAAAGUAGCAUGAAAUUUGAUUUUGUUACAAGAAAAAAUAAAGAUAUCUUUGAAGAAUACGAAAGCACUGGAAAGAACACUGAUUUUGUAGUUCACAAGAAACUCAACGCAAGCGAGAAAGAAAAAUUUUCCACUAAUAUAGAAGCUAGAAUGGCUUUAAACUCAGCAGCAAAAACAGUAGCAGUUAUUGGUAUGCGAAAAAGCAUGGUUAGUAAAAGCAUUGCAACUCUAACAAACUUAUUUAAUAUUCCGGCCAUAAGCUACGGGUCUACAGACUCGAGUCUUAGCGAUAAGACUGUGUACCCUUCCUUUAUAAGAACCAUCCCGAGUGACAUCUUACUCGCAAAAAUGCUUAUUACGCUUGUUCGAAAGCUUAAAUGGAACAUUUUAUUCGCAGUAUACGAUAGUUCCACAGAUUAUGGAAAAUCCGCAUUUGAAACAUUUCAAAAACAAUUAGAAAUCGAAAACUUACACAAAAAAAAAUUUGAACGAAUUUGUUUAGCUGAUAUAAUCGAAUUCAAAUCAAUAGAAGAUACUAAAAACGUAAAAUUCAAGAAUACGUUAUUGUCACAACCUAUUGUUAAAGGGGUUCUUUUAUUCGUUCAUAGUGAAACUGCCAGCACCAUUAUAUCACGGGUUAUACACGAAAAUAUAGAGGAAUAUACUUGGAUUUUUACUGAAGGAAUAGAGCUUACCGAAAGAAACCGCCAGUUGUUGAAAACCAAACUCACUAAAACGAACGUAAUCUAUUGCGAACCGAUUAAUACAAAUUUUUUUAAAAGCAACUUGUUUCUCGAAUACAAAAAUUUUCUUGAAGUCCAUUUCUUCAACCCCCAAGCACAUCAAAUAAUACCCAUUACAAAACAAUGCAUAAAUGAAAACUGCAUGGAACCAGCAAAAAAAAAGAAACAAGAAAUAGAACAUUCAUUUUUCAUUCCAUACGUUAUUGAUGCCGUUAACUUGGUGGCUCAUGCUCUAGAAAAACGUUACUCGUGCGCACAAGAAUGCAGCGACAACCGCAGGUCUCUCGUUAACGAAAUACAAAACACAACAUUCGACAGCGCACUUGGUUACAAAUUCGAAUUUGAUAAAGACGGCCAUAUCCUGGGUCAGUACGAGAUUUUUAAAAUCGAACAAGAAGCUAAAGUAAAGCGUCAACGAAUAGGUGUUUGGAAUAGCAAAUUUGCAGAAAAAAUUUCUGCCGAAGGUCAAUGGAACUUCUCUAAUUCAUCAUGUAGCUCUAAAUGUUUGUUAGGAUGGGGCAAGAUACCGACAUCAACUCAAGACUGUUGCUCUAAUUGCAUCAAAUGUAAAGAAGACGAGUUCAUCAACUCAGAAGAAUACUGCAAACCAUGUCCUCCAUUUUAUAUCCCAACAACCAACUUUUCAACUUGUAUAAGAAUUCUAGAAAAGAUUCUGUCAUUAAAUGAAAAAAUAAGCAUAACGCUUAUUAUAAUUGCAACCGCCGGCCAAAUUUUGGUUAUUCUAAUUGUCGUAACAUAUAUUAAGUACCGCUACACGCAUAUGAUUCGAGCUUCAGGAAAAGAAAUGUCUUAUUUGAUUCUGCUCGGAAACUUCUUAUCGUUUACUUCGCCAUACUGUGUUAUUGAACAACCUAUGGAAAUUGCAUGUGUACUAAAUAUUAUAGUAUCGGGAUUAGCAUUAAGUUUGAUUGUUGGACCUUUAGCUGUAAAGACGCACCGGGUGUACAGUAUAUUUACAAAAGAUGUGUUGUACAAAGGGAUUUCUAAAUUUGUUACAACAAAGUGGCAGCGAAUAAUUGUUUUGUCAAUUGUUUUAGUACAGUGCAGUGGGUCACUUGCAACAGCAUUAAAGAAAGAUUCACCAUUGUACCUCGCUCAUUUUGAAAAAGAAACAGAACCGUACUUAUAUAUUGAAUGCAGUUAUAACACAAGUAUAUUAACUUUUAAUUGGGUCUUACAAUCUUUGCUUAUUGUAAUAUGCACUUACCAAGCAAUAUUAGCACGAAAUGUCCCUGCAAACUACAACGAAGCAAGAAGUAUAAUGUUAUGUAUGAUAACAAUGGCAAUUGAAUGGAUUGUUGUAUUGCCAAGCAUGCAUUUUGGAGGAAUAUAUUUGUUUAAAAAAAUCAUGCUUCCAGUUAUUAGCAUUAUGUCUGCCACAAGUACACUUUUGUUUAUAUUCAUACCACGUGUUUAUAUAGUUCUUUUUCGACCAUCAAAAAACAAAGAAAACCUACCACAUGGAAAACUAGGGAAAAUUACACCAAAGGAGUCACAGGAAUCAAAUACAAGCAUAAGAGAAAGUGAUGAACCAUGUUUUAAAAAGCUAAAAUUGAGUAUUGACGAUUAAAUGAAUACUGAUAAAUAAAAAAAUCAUUUUAAAUUUAA